AGCCACAUUAACUCAAUUGUUCUUCAUUUCUCUUCCUACAUUGUUUCUUUUGCAUCCAUUGUUAGGUAUUAUGCACCAGGAAGACCAGGAAGACUCUCCCCCAGAUUAUUCUUCCUUCAUUGAAGAAGAGGAACUACCUACAUAUAAGCAACUUUUCUGUUUCAAGGGUUGGAAGUUUGUUAUUAAAAAUUGCUUUGGGGACUCCUCCCAUAUAUUUAUCUCCAAAAGGUCUUCUAAACGAUAUCAUCAAUAUUGUUUAUCUCCUACUUCUUCUUCUUCUUCUUCUUCACCAGUGUUGCAAAAUCGAGGAUGUGAUAUACCAAUGUUUAUUGUUUCAGGUGCUAUAUCCAACGCCCGACCUUUAGUGUUUAAAAAGUACAACGAUACAAUUGAUCACCGCGAUCAUCCUUUUGAUCUUGACAACGACUACUACACUUUCUGUACUGUGUACCGACAUUGCUUUUUGAAAUAUUCAAGUUUUCGAUUCCGAUUUACAACCGAUCCCAAUAACAAACACAAUGUGUUUGAAAUCAUCAUGUUCAGCCACAAUACCCUACCUAUUAGUGAUUAUAUUUACAACGGGGAAAGAUUUAGAUGGAUCAAUGAAGCUGCUGCCAUGGGAUUCCAAAGAUGCCAAUUCAGUCACUAUAAAUUGAACGAAGACCAAAUUUCUCUUACUGAUAAUUGGGAUGGAAUUGGUGUUAAGUUGACAAACACCACUAAAAAGAACCCAUAUUUGAAAAAUAAGCUGGUUAUUGUAGGGUUAUUGAUGUAUACUGGCUAUCCAAGAAAAGAAUACUACGGAAUGAAAUCAAGCGGGAAAUUAGAUAUGACGAAAACAUUCCGUCCCAACGGGUUUGCUGAAUUAAAAGUUCGUGACACACAUAAUGAAGGGCAUUUGCUUGAUUAUGAAGAUAUAUCGCAAGUUCACAUUGACGAAUUAGUCAAACUUUGCAUUGCUACGGUUUU